UUAUUUUUAUUUUUACGUUUGUUUUGGUCAAAUUAUGUAAAUUAAAUUGAAAGUGAAAGUAUAACUUUUAAAAUUUUAAUCAAAUGAAAAUAAAUAUUUUACUUCUUCCCAGGUAUAAGCUCUGCAUUGUGCAAGAAAGUUAAAAGCUUGAUUUUCACUAUUUUAACUACAGGUUGUCCUUAUUUAAACUGUUUUUUUUUCAAAACAAAAACCUGAAAAUAGUAUUGAACUAAAGCUCACGAAAAUGGACUUGAGUAAGAAAUUCUUUAUUUCUUUUUACAUUUAUUUAUCUAUUUUUGUUUGUUGGUUAAAGUAUUAUGAACUCAAGUAAUACUUACUUUAAUCCCUUUAUUUUAGGUGUUGGCAUUAACAAUAGUCCUGAAAAAAUGGUUGCUCCAUCUAUAACUCAAGAAAUAAAAUGAUGUAUGCAAUUGUUGCCUUUGAUGAGGAAAAUAACACUGACUAUCUGCCUCUAAUUUGGCUUGUUAAUGGGAUGAGCGAAAAUGUUCUGUCUAUAAUAUCUUCAAGGAAAUCAACAGAUUUUUAUUGGCCACGCUGGAUAAAUAUGAAAAAAAUUGACGCAGCAAAAUCAAUCUGUCAAGAACCAGAGGUUGGUUGGCUGCGAUUUUCUGGAAGAAUUUUGUCCACUGCUGACACAGAAUCUGAAGCAAAAGAAAAAUGUAAAUAUGCGGAAGAUACAUCAAAUGUUGAUGAACUAUAUCUAAAAAAUUGAAAAAGGUCUAUAAAGUUCAACAAUUUCAUUUCGAUAGAUGGAAGAUAUUUACAUUCUUUUGUAACCUUAUAUGAUUAUAAUAAAAUAAUCUUAAUACAAUUAAAAAUAA